AUGGCGGGGGAGGAGGCAGAGGGCCGCCCUGACCUGGAUCCUCCAGAGCCCAGGCCUCCCCCGCCCAUGGGACAGCGGAUGCUGUGUGCGCGCCCUCGCACCGCGCAGGAGGAGUUCAAAGAGAACCUGCGGAUAUCAGGAGAGCGGAGCUGCAGCCGCGAGACGGGGCUGUGCCCCAGGGGACCGCCAUCCCCAAGCCGAGACCCGACCCCGGAGUCACCAGGCCUGUGCUUGCGUGCCAGGGACAUCUCGCCCCUCCUGAAGGACCCCAACUCCUUCCGCGCGGCCAUCUGCCUCCUGGCGAACCACCUGAAGAAGACCCACGGCGGCAAGAUCGACUACAUCGCGGGCCUGGACUCUCGAGGCUUUCUGUUUGGCCCCUCCCUGGCCCAGGAACUUGGCUUGGGCUGCCUGCUCAUCCGAAAAGGUGGAAAGCUGCCGGGCCCCACAGUGUCCACCUCCUACACACUGGAAUAUGGGAAGGCUGACCUGGAAAUCCAGAGAGAUGCCCUGGAACCAGGGCAGAAAGUGGUAAUCGUGGACGAUCUGCUGGCCACUGGUGGAACCAUGCGCGCAGCCUGUGAGCUGCUGGGCCAGCUGCGGGCCGAGGUGUUGGAAUGCCUGAGUGUGGUGGAGCUGACCUCGCUGAAAGGCAGAGAGAAGCUGGGGGCCGUGCCCUUUUUCUCCCUCCUGCAGUAUGAGUGACCUCGAUACCCUGCUCCACACCGGCUAGAAAAAGGAGAGGUCUGGCCUCUGUGGCUACACUUGACCACUUGCUGUCCACCUGGACUUUUUUUUUAAUACAUUUUAUUGAUUUUUUACAGAGAGGAAGGGAGAGGGAUAGUGAGUUAAAAACAUCAAUAAGA